CGGCUUCGAGGUUUGAACUUUGAGCAGCAAAUCAAAUAUACAUUUUAUUAUUUUGUGUGUAGAAUCGAAUUGAAUUAGAAACAAUCAGAGAGAAAAAAAGAAGAGAGCAAUGGUAUCAUGGGGAAAGUGGGGGAAGGACGUAGGGAGAGUGGUGAAAGGGAUGUCUCUAAUCGCCAAGGAGUUGGCGAAUCGAUCUCCCACUUUGCAGAGCGCCAAAAAUGGCGAUUUGGAAGCCCUAAUCAAGAAAGCCAUUGUGUCCGCCACCGACCUCUCCGGUCUGACCAAAGGCACCCUCUCCCAAUUCACCAACAACCACCCCAUUGGUACUAAUGACUCCAAUUCCAAUACGAAUACCAGAGGCCAAGAUUCCGUCGUAUACUUCACACAUGAACAAGUUGAAGCUGAAGCAGCACCAGCACCUCCUCCUCCUUCGUCUGCUCCUGCGGCGGAGCAUGAACAAGAAGAACACAAUCAACAACAGUUGCAGCAACCAGUGCAACAACAAGAAGAACAUCAAUCCACCACAGUGGAGGUCCUUGAUUCCGCCAAGAAGGAGAAUUUGGUGGAACAAGAGCCACAACCUCAGCCACUGCAGAGGCGGAAGCCCAGAGAGAGACGAGUUCCUUCCACCCCCUUCUCCAGAGCACUCGGGUUUGCUGGUCUCGGAGCUGGGCUCGCGUGGGGAACCAUUCAGGAGUCUACUAAGAGGCUCGUUUAUGGUACACCAACCUCAUCAGACAAGCAAUCUCCUCUUUCUCCAUUUUUGUCCCCCCAAAAUGCAGAACGUUUGGCUCUCGCACUCUGUAGAAUGCGUGGAGCUGCCCUCAAAUUGGGACAGAUGCUCAGUAUACAGGACGAAUCCCUCGUCCCUGCUCCCAUCUUGGCAGCUCUCGAUAUUGUCCGUCAAGGUGCAGACGUCAUGCCCAGGAAACAGCUUAAUCAAGUUUUGGAUGCUGAACUAGGACCUGACUGGCAAUCUAAGCUUUUUAGUUUUGAUUAUGAACCUUUGGCAUCUGCAAGUAUAGGCCAGGUUCAUCGAGCUGUCACAAAGGAUGGUAUGGAUGUUGCAAUGAAAAUUCAGUACCCUGGUGUUGCUGAUAGCAUUGAAAGUGACAUUGACAACGUCAAACUUCUUCUAGAUUAUACAAAUCUAAUCCCCAAGGGACUUUAUCUUGAAAGAGCUAUGAAGGUGGCAAAAGAAGAAUUAUCCCGUGAAUGCAACUAUGUGUUGGAGGCACAAAGUCAAAAAAGGUUUCGUGACUUGCUAUCCAAUGCACAAGGAUUUUAUGUUCCAUUGGUAGUGGAUGAUAUAUCGAGCAAAAGAGUCUUAACUACUGAGCUUGUUUCCGGAAUACCUAUUGACAAAGUGGCACUCUUAAACCAGGAGACUCGCAACUGUGUUGGCAGAAAGUUGCUAGAGCUCACUUUGAAGGAGUUAUUUGUUUUUCGUUUCAUGCAGACUGAUCCCAAUUGGAGUAAUUUCUUGUACGAUGAGGCUAAGAAAUCAAUCAAUCUGAUCGACUUUGGAGCAGCUAGGGAUUACCCAAAGAGUUUUGUUGAUGAUUAUCUAAGAAUGGUUCUUGCCUGUGCAAAUGGUGAUAGAGAUACAGUCCUAGAAAUGUCUAGGAGACUUGGAUUCAUCUCAGGAACGGAGUCAGAAAUAAUGUUAGAAACGCAUGUUCAAGCCGGGUUUGUUGUGGGAUUGCCAUUUGCGAAGCCUGGUGGGUAUGACUUCCGUGCAUCAAACAUCACUCAGAGUGUUUCAAACCUUGGGGCAACGAUGCUGAGACACAGGGUGACUCCACCACCUGACGAGGCGUACAGCCUUCACCGCAAGCUUUCGGGUGCCUUUUUGGCUUGCAUCAAGCUUGGGGCGGUUGUGCCGUGCAGGGAGCUCUUACUCGAAGUAUAUGAGCAUUAUCAGUUUGGCCAAGGAGGGGAGACGUUGUCAAGUGGGAUGGGUUUUUAAAGGGCUCAUAAAUUAUUUUGAUUAAAUUUUAACAAGUAAAUUGUAGCAAUGGUUCCUUAAUUUUAAUCAAAUUGAAGUAAUGAUCUCUCAACUAAAAAUUCAUUACCAUUGGUCCCUCAA